AUGUUAUCUCGUCUCGCUGCAUGCACCGUUCUUGCCCUCCCCUUCCUUGCGGCCGCCACCCCAGCCUCUCUCACCAAACGCGGCGUACCGGCCAGCUCAUGCUCUACUGCUCCCAUUCAGUGCUGUGAAUCCACAGAGACGGCGGGCUCCGCUGCAGGGGCGGAGUUGCUCGAUGCUGUGGGUGUUGUCGUGCAGGAUGUUAACGUCCUCCUCGGCGUGACUUGUUCUCCUAUCUCCGGAGUUGGAGUCGGAGGUGGCAGUUGCAGCGCCAACCCUGUCUGCUGCUCUGACAACAACUUUGGCGGUUUACUCUCUAUUGGCUGCAUUCCUGUUGACCUGUAA